AUGCCACCAUGCUGCUACUUCAGGUGUACAGGAGCGACAGCAUCCCUUGUACGCACGUGCUUCUGCGGCUACUGGUUUCCUGUCGUGAUUGGGGGAAAACACACGAAGAGGAUAUGAUGAUCUUAAAUCAUUUCGCACUGGUCCUCCUUAUCGCCUGCGUCGCCCAACAGGUCUUGGUCAUCAACUGCGAGAAGGGUCAGGGAAGAAAGGGAAAGAGAGAUGGGAAAGGGAAAGACAACGGAAGUCAAGGACCUCCACCGGCGAAGCCCCCGGUCGCAUCCACAGGCAGUGAGGGCCAGGUCGGAAAGGGGGCUCUGAAAGGGAAAUUCUCCACUAAAGACAAGACGCAGUGCACCUGGCAAGCCAGCGGACAGGACAGGUUUACCAUCGCCGUAGUCUGCGAGAAAGGAGGGGUAGGUUUCAACUGCGAGUACACCGCAAGACCCGCAGCCUGUCCCCAGUACGCAAGCGGCGCCAAAACGUACUGGAAACAGAUCGCCCGUGCGCUAAAGAAACAGAAGAACAUCUGCCAGGACGCCAAUACGCUGGUUAAAGCUGGCAUGUGCAAGAAGGCACCCAGAGAUGCGCACUUCAAGCUGAGCAUCAGCACGCCAGCACCUCCACGACCAGAAACCACAACGCCGCCUCCGUCGGAUAAUAAGACGUGUUCAGACAAAGCCGAUAAACAGAAACUGGCCGAAGAAUAUUGCAGCAGCUCCUGGGUCUCCCUGUGUAAUUUCUUUUUCUCCAUGAUUCAAAACGAGGACUGCUAAGUGUUUAACAUUUCCUUGUAAGUAUUCGAUUCCUCCCCUGUUCUGAAACGCUUUGUUCCGUGUGAUUGAUCGUGUUUUCUGAACUUCUUCCAUGCCGCAAUUUUGACGGGGGAUCUAAUCUUUAUUUUCCACCGAUUGUAAAUGUGAUGUUUUUUUUAAAUGCAGAUAUGAGACAUGAUGUUAACUAUAACUCUGUAUGAAACUGCACUGUUUUGAAAUUACUUUUGCCACAAUCAUUUUUACACCGUUUACCUUAA